CCUCUUUUAAUCGGAGUCCUUCCUCUUUAUUUCCUCUGUCACUCUCUUUUUCUCACUCUUUUUCGUGAGAGAGUUAAAAGAGGGGAAGGGAAGAAGGGCUCGAGGACGAUCGGUGGGAAGGGAAUAUGGGGUGCUUUCCGUGCGCCGGAGAGCCGAGCAAGAAGGGCAAGGAGAAGGAUCAGAUCCUACCGGACUCAGAGAAGUCAAAAUCCAAUUCCUCGUCAGAUGUAAAGAAACAGAGCUCACAGGAUGCAAAAGAGGCCUCAAAUGAUGGAUCUGAACAUAUUGCUGCUCAGACAAUUACAUUUCGUGAACUGGCUGCAGCAACCAAGAAUUUCAGACCUGAUUGCCUCUUAGGAGAAGGAGGCUUUGGCCGAGUUUAUAAGGGCAAGUUGGAUAGUAUUAACCAGAUUGUGGCUAUAAAGCAGCUUGACCGUAAUGGCUUGCAAGGAAACCGAGAAUUCCUUGUUGAAGUUCUGAUGUUGAGUCUACUUCACCACCCUAAUCUUGUUAACCUAAUUGGCUAUUGUGCUGAUGGAGAUCAGAGGCUUUUAGUUUAUGAGUACAUGCCACUAGGAUCCUUGGAAGAUCAUCUUCAUGACCCUUCUCCGGACAAGAAGCGGCUUGACUGGAACACAAGAAUGAAAAUAGCUGCUGGUGCAGCUAAAGGAUUAGAGUAUUUGCAUGAUAAGGCCAAUCCUCCUGUUAUAUACCGUGAUCUGAAGUGCUCCAACAUUUUGCUUGGGGAGGGAUAUCAUCCCAAGUUAUCCGAUUUUGGCUUGGCAAAGCUUGGUCCUGUUGGUGAUAAAACUCAUGUUUCCACUAGGGUGAUGGGUACUUACGGAUAUUGUGCACCUGAAUAUGCGAUGACUGGACAACUGACACUAAAAUCAGAUGUUUAUAGCUUUGGGGUUGUUCUUCUGGAGCUUAUCACUGGAAGAAGGGCUAUUGACAAUUCUAGAGCUUCAGGGGAGCACAAUCUCGUUGCAUGGGCACGACCCCUUUUCAAGGACAGAAGGAAAUUCCCACAGAUGGCCGACCCAAUGCUUCAGGGCCAGUACCCUGUGCGAGGCUUAUACCAGGCUCUUGCUGUUGCUGCUAUGUGUGUUCAGGAGCAGCCUACCAUGAGGCCUUUAAUAGCUGAUGUGGUUACUGCUCUCACUUACCUUGCUUCCCAAAUUUACAGCCCUGAAGCUCAGUCAAAUCAAAAUGCUUCUCGUUUGACAGCACCAGGUACUCCACCCCGAACGAGAAGGGACAGUGAGAAGAGACCAAGUGGCGGAUCUGAAAGAGACCAGUUGAGGGGACUAAAGUGAAAUCAUCCAUUGCUUUUGGCAAUGCAAAUAAUGAAUUCUUCAUAAAUGCUUCAAUUCCACCUGCCUUUCUACCAUCUCCUGACGCCAGAACAAUGAAAAGUUUUGCCUUGCAGUUUCUGGUGCAGAUCCCACCUUUACUCUUUUGGCUGGCUAGUAGGUGUCUGGUAAUCAAAUUUUGUAUCAUUUUCAGAAAACAGGUGCACCCUGUUUGAUUCAUGUCUAAAUUUUUCUAGGAAAUGCCUUUUUUUUUUCCUCCCCCCUUUUUCUCUUUGCUGUUGUACAUGCGAUUUCAGGUCCCUGUAGUUAAACGCUUCUGUUCAGACACCUCGCUCUUUUAUUGAUGUUCGUAUUAUUUUUUUUCUAA